AUGGCACGGACAUACCCGAAAAUUUGGGCAUCGUUGCGCGACCAGGCCCCCUCUGCCAUUGCUGCGCUCGGCGCGCGCUUCCAUUUAUUCCCCAACUCUCUCAGCAUGGAAGAGCGCGCGAGCAGAGAGGCGCUUGUGCGCAUAGCAUGCACGCACCCGAGUGUUGUGUCUGUGCAGCGACAAGUAGCAGACUUGUCGCUCUCGGUCGACGAGCGCAGCGAAGUGCCGCAGCUCUCGGAAGUGAUUGCACACAAUGCAGCGCUUGCGACGAUGGGCAACGCGCUCCUUGGCCUUGUGGCCGCUGAGUACUUUCACUUGAAGUACCCACACCUGCCCACGCGCCUGCUAAAAGCGUUUGUGAGUGCCUAUGUAGGCCCCAGCACUCUUGCAGACGUCGGCGCCGACCUUGGCAUUCUUGCGCAGGGUGUGCAGCGCUGGGAUCGCACGGGAGCGUCGGUCAUUGCACACGAAAUAAAAGGCGCACGCGCGCCGAAAAGGAUGCCGUUGCUGAGCAAGGAUGUCGCGGCGCAGUCGAUGCGCGCAAUGAUUGCUGUCCUUUUCCAGGAGCUUGGUAUGGCGGCGAUGCGCACCUUUGUGCACAGCUAUUUCUUUUCGCGCCGUAUGGACCUUGCGAGUUUGAUCAAGUUCAGAGAUCCGAAACGCGUGCUCUCCGCGACAUGUAAAAAAUACAGCAAACCGCUGCCCGAAAGCCGCAUCAUUGCAGAAACGGGGCGUUUGAGCAUCAGCCCCGUGUUUGUCGUCGGCGUGUGGAGUGGAAAGGUGAAGCUUGGCGAGGGGUCGGGCAGCAGCAUCCGCAUGGCCGAGUUCCGCGCCGCGGAGAAUGCACUGCGCCGCUUGUACCUUGCCGAGAAGCCCGACAAUGCGUUUCAGCUGCCGUCCAGCACGCUGGAUGCUGCUUUUUGCGGCACCACGCCUCUUCCCCAUUCCUUGCAGCUCUCUGCACAAACCAACGCUCCAAAUGCAUUUAGUCCGCAGCCGUUAGGCCAUGCCGAGGUGCUGCAUGAGUCGCGCGGGUGA